GGAAUGAAUGAGGCCACGCUGUAUCCAGGUCCAUGCGGACAGCGGCUGUUAUCGACCUAAGUUGUUUUGCAAUCCGCCGAUAAACACCAAACAAGAAGAAGAAGGGACUUUCCGGAUUUCAGUCCUAGUAGGCCAUCUGUUCGAUUGAUAUUUUUUGCUUUUGUUUGUAAAACGUAAUGUCAAUAUGAGAGAUCGUCAUGCAUUACGAUCUAUGGUUUACGAUGCUUGCAGUGUUUGUCUUCGGGUGUAAGAUCUUUGUGGCUUCAGGCUCCUGUCUGUCGAAGGAAUAUUCUACAAGAGCUGGGCGAUGUUGUCCGAUGUGCAAAAUAGGGACCUUUGUACAGAUGGACUGCACGUCAGAUACAGGCACACUCUGCAGGGGCUGCGAGAACAGGACUUUUAUGAACCAAUCCAACAGACUCGAUGAAUGUUUCAAAUGCACCUCCUGUGACUCAGGCCCCGGUCUCUUUGUCCUGCAGGGCUGUUCAGAAACAACUGACACAGUCUGUGAAGUUAAAGAUGGGUAUUUCUGCAAAGAUUUAGAUGUGACAGGAUGCAGUGCGGCACAAACACAUACACAAUGUGUACCUGGUGAGAAGAUAAAAGAACCUGGAACCAGCAGAUUGGAUGCACAGUGUGAACCCUGUCAGUCUGGCUUCUUUUCAGAGCAUGGUGUGAAUUGCACGGACUGGACAACGUGCUCAGGAACCCAGGUAAAGGUGAAAGAAGGAAGCAGGAGCAGCGAUGUUGUCUGUGGAGGUUCUUCAAGGAGUCAUUACAUUGUCAUGUUACCAAUAUUAUUGUUGGUAUUAACUAUUGUUGCGCUCUCAAUUAGAGCAUGUGCUUCCAUGUCACACUAUGGGAUGUGCCUCCGUGGGGAUUCCUUCCUGAGAAGCUUCAAUGCCUGAUGCAGUUACCGCCGCCGAUAUGCCACCCCCAGCCUAUUUUUCUUAAUUUUCUAUUUUUCUAACAUCUUACUAAUCAGAAGACCAAACACAUUCCAUAUUUUGUUUAUAAUAUAUUUUCUUAAUGUUUCUUUCUUCAUGUUACCAUACUAAUACUAAUCUUUGUAUUUGUUAAACCACUUGUAAAUAAUAACGUUUUUUAUAACAGUG